GUCGCAACGCGUUGGCUAUGAGAGACGGUGGCGGGUGCUCGAGCUUCGACACGAACCGAUACACGUGCUGGCCCACGCGGGCUCCACGUCAUAAAGCCGAAAAUAGACAUUUGUUUACGUGCUUGGACGACGCAUGCUGGGCCUCGUGCUCUUCCUCCUCUUGCUGCUGCCAUGGUCGUCGGGCCAGCACCUCGGGAGUCCGCUGCGCUACGUCUCGGACGAGUGCGAGGCGCUCAAGCAAAGCUUGGAUGUGAUGGCAAUCAACGGCGACCAGCUCGCCAACGGCGUCGUGGGCGGCCACGUCGUCGAGUCGGACUGCACGAAGCUGCGCACGCUCAACGUGCUCGACCACCGCGACGACAACGACCAGAACCUGCUCUGCGGCAACUCGUGCUUCAACGCGACCGCGGCCACGUACGCGGCCAUGCUCAACAACGACUGCUUCCAUGGCGACGACGAGUUCGAGGUGGCCAACCAGCGCCUCUAUGCAGCGAGCUUUCAGUUUGCCUGUCAGCGCUACGCGCCGUACAAGUACUGCGUGGCACUGCUUGGCGACACGGUCGCGUCCGCGGGCGGCAGCUACGACCUCUGCAAGGACAUUGUCAAGCCGCUCGAAUGCUGCUACGAGAGCUAUCGACGCUACAUGCUCUUUGGCACCAACACGUCGGUGACCGAGAUGAACUACAUUUCGAAAAAGUGCGCCGACGUCGUCACCGACGCGUGUGCGUGUCAUCUCAACGUCUACGCGGCCAACGUCACAAACACAUAUGUCUGCAGUGCGGGGGGCCGUGCCAACGUCGCAAUGCUCCUCCUCCUUUGGCUCACAAGUUUGCUGCUGCCAUGAGCAUAAAAAAGCUUCGGUAAAUGCCUCCUACUGAGUCGUCGA